AAUAACGUCAAAAAUAGGUUAGGUUAGGUAACAUCAGCUUCUGCUACCACUGCUACUGAUUUACGUAAUAGAUUCAGAUUUACGGCUUUCCCUGAUUUUUUCAGUGAUAAAACAAAAUGUUAGGCCGUCUAGGGAAAAAGCAUGUUGAAAUAGCGGCGGCGUUCGCAACCACUGCCGUUGGGUUCGGUGGUACUGCCUUUAUGACGUUGCUCUACUUCACUGACUGGAAGGUGUUCGUGACAAAUAUCCCCUACUACAACAGCAAGUUUAAGGGUCUUGAAGAAGAAGGAAAUAACUGAGCCGGAGGUUAUAGAUUAACAAAAUAGGUAUUUCUUUAUUUUGUUUUGUAAUGUAAAUUAUUUAGAUGUAAUACAUAAGUUUGUUGAAUCAUA